AUGUCCGAGCCACCUGCCAAGCGUUCCAAGCCUUCGACCCCGGGUGCGUCUACUCCCAAGGAGAACCCGUACCUUGCUCACCUCGGUGGCGGACGUAGCCAGUCACCGGCUACUGGAGCCAAUGGUGCGGGCAGCGGCAAGGUUGCCAACCCACUGGCGGGCCUUGUUCCGCGCAAAGUGACCGUCGACCAGGCCAAGGCGAUUAUGGACGGCGAACACAACCCGUUCAAGAACCUCACGCCCUUCUCCGCGCAGUACAAGAAGAUCCUGAAGCAGCGCAAGACGCUCCCCGUGUACGACAAGAUGCACGAGUUCCUCCAGAUCUUCGAGGACAACCAGAUCACAGUGAUGGAGGGCCAGACGGGUUCGGGCAAGACGACACAGAUUCCCCAGUUCGUCUGCUACGCCGACCUGCCGCAGCAGCGCGGAAAGAUGGUCGCGUGUACGCAGCCGCGUCGUGUCGCCGCCAUGUCGGUGGCGCAGCGUGUGGCUGACGAGAUGGACGUGCAGCUGGGCAAGCAAGUCGGUUACUCGAUCCGUUUCGAGGACAUGACCGAGCAGGGGACAACGUUCCUCAAGUACAUGACGGACGGUAUGCUUCUGCGUGAGGCGAUGAACGACCCGUUGCUGGAGCGGUACUCGACCGUCAUUCUCGACGAGGCGCACGAGCGCACUCUGGCGACGGAUAUCCUCAUGGGCCUCCUGAAGGAGGUGGCCAAGAAGCGCCCCGACCUCAAGAUCAUUGUCAUGUCGGCCACGCUUGAUGUUGAAAAGUUCUCCAAGUACUUUGGCGACACGAACCCGACGGGCCGCGCGCCCGUCGUGCGCGUGUCGGGCCGCACGUUCCCCGUCGAGACAUUCUUCACGCAGGAGCCAGAGCAGGACUACGUUGAGGCCGCUAUCCGCACCGUCCUCUACAUCCACCAGGCCGAGGACGAGGGCGAUGUGCUCCUCUUCCUGACUGGUGAAGAGGAGAUCGAAGACGCGUGUAGGAAAAUCCGCGCAGAAAGCGAGGAGUUGGAAAACAAGGGCAUGGGCGGGCCAGUGCUCGUUGUCCCACUCUACUCGUCGCUUCCCCCACACCAGCAGCAGCGCAUCUUCCAAGCAGCACCGCCUGCGCGCAACGGUCUCCCCGGACGCAAGGUCGUCGUGUCGACCAACAUUGCUGAGACAUCGCUCACCAUUGACGGCAUUGUGUACGUCGUCGACCCUGGGUUCUGCAAGCAGAAGGUGUACAACCCGCGUAUCCGUGUCGAGUCGCUGCUGGUGACGCCCAUCUCGAAGGCGUCGGCAAUGCAGCGCGCAGGUCGUGCCGGUCGUACGCGCCCGGGCAAGUGCUUCCGCCUGUACACGGAGAAGGACUUUGUCAAGGAGCUCGAAGAGCAGACGCACCCCGAGAUCCUGCGGUCCAACCUCGCCAACACGGUCCUCGAGCUGCUCAAACUGGGCAUCAAGGAUCUCGUGCACUUUGACUACAUGGACGCGCCAGCGCCCGAGACGAUCAUGCGUGCUCUCGAGCUGCUUCACUACCUCGCGGCACUGGACGACAACGGCGACCUGACACCGCUUGGCGAGAUCAUGGCCGACAUUCCGCUCGACCCUCAGCUCGCCAAGAUGCUCAUUGUGUCUCCCGAAUUUGGGUGCUCGAAUGAGAUGCUCUCGCUGGCAUCCAUGCUCUCUGUGCCCAUGGUGUUCAUGCGCCCAGCCAACCAGCGCAAGGAGGCGGACCAGGCCAAGGCGCAAUUCACGCACCCCGACGGCGACCACCUGACCCUCUUAAACGUCUACCACGCAUACAAGCAGAACGAGGCCGACGCCAAGAACUGGUGCUGGAACAACUACCUCAACUUCCGCUCCCUCGCCCACGCCGACAACGUCCGCACCCAACUCAAGCGUAACAUGGAAAAGUGGGACCUUCCCCUUGUCUCCACCGCCUUUGAAGACAAGAACUACUGGAACAACAUCCGUCAAGCCCUCUCGUGCGGUUUCUUCAUGCAAGUCGCCCACAAGGAGGGCGAGAAGGGCUCGUACUCGACCAUCAAGGACAACCAGGUCGUUCGUCUCCACCUCUCGUGCGGACUUGACCACACCCCCGACUGGGUCAUCUACAAUGAAUUUGUCCUCACCACGGCCAGCUUUAUUCGCACGGUCACUGAGGUCCGGCCCGAAUGGCUGCUCGAGUACGCGCCGCAGUACUUUGACCCCGAGAGCUUCCCAGAGAACUCGGAGACGAGGCGUGCACUCCAGCGCGUCAUUGCCAAGAAGACGGGUAAGAGCAGUAGCAGUGGCAAGCGGUCAAAGGAGGACAAGAAGAAGCGCAAGGAGCGCUACUAG